AUGCGCAGAGGAAGCGGUUUGCUUUCGAACUUGGGCAAGAGAACAGGAAGGGCUGCAGAGAAGCUGAAGCUGAGAACAGCAGUGCAGCUGGAGCCUGGAAAAGAUUACUUAAAACAUCAAAGAACCCACACAAAGGAGAAGCCUUUUGAAUGUGCAGUGUGUGGAAAGAGAUUUAGUACAAGUGGCCGUCUUCAAAAUCAUCAGAAAACCCACACAGGGGAGAAGCCUUUUGAAUGCUUAGAGUGUGCAAAGAGAUUUAGUACGAGUGGCAGCCUUCGACAGCAUCAUAGAACCCACACAGGGGAGAAGCCUUUUGAAUGCACAGUGUGUGGAAAGAGAUUCAGUCAGAAAGGCAGUCUUCAAACGCAUCAUAGAACCCAUACAGGGGAGAAGCCCUUUGAAUGCUCACUGUGCGGAAAGAGAUUCAGACAGCUUGGCAGUCUUCAAGAGCAUCAGAGAACCCACACAGGGGAGAAGCCUUUUGAAUGCUUGGAGUGUGGAAAGGGAUUUAUGUGGAGUGGCAGUCUUCAAAAGCAUCAGAGUAUCCACACAGGAGAGAAGCCUUUUGAAUGCUCAGAGUGUGGAAAGAAAUUCAUGUGGAGUGGCGGUCUUCAAAAGCAUCAGAGAAUCCACACAGGAGAGAAGCCUUUUGAAUGCUCAGUGUGUGGAAAGAGAUUCAGUCAGCACGGCAGUCUUCAAUAUCAUAAGAAAACCCACACAGGGGAGAAGCCUUUUGAAUGCUUGGAGUGUGGAAAGAGAUUCAUGUGGAGUGGCAGUCUUCAAGAGCAUCAGAGAAUCCACACAGGAGAGAAGCCUUUUAAAUGCUCAGUGUGUGGAAAGAGAUUCAGUCAGAGUGGCAAUCUUCAAAAGCAUCAGAGAACCCAUACAGGAGAGAAGCCUUUUGAAUGCUCAGUGUGUGGAAAGAGAUUCAAUGAGAGUGGCAGUCUUCAAAAACAUCAGAGAACCCACACAAAGGAGAAGCCUUUUGAAUGCUCAGUGUGUGGAAAGAGUUUCAGUAAGAGUGGCAGUCUUCAAUAUCAUCAGAAAACCCACACAGGGGAGAAGCCUUUUGAAUGCUUGGAGUGUGGAAAGAGAUUUGGUACGAGUGGCAGUCUUAAAAAGCAUCAUAGAACCCACACAGGGGAGAAGCCCUUUGAAUGCUCAGUGUGUGGAAAGAGAUUCAGUCAGAGUGGCAAUUUUAAAUAUCAUCAGAAAACCCACACAGGGGAGAAGCCUUUUGAAUGCUUGGAGUGUGGAAAGAGAUUUAGUACGAGUGGCCAUCUUCAAAAGCAUCAGAGAACACACACAGGGGAGAAGCCUUUUGAAUGCUCAGUGUGUGGAAAGAGAUUCAGUCGGAGUGGCAAUCUUCAAGAGCAUCAGAGAACCCACACAGGGGAGAAGCCUUUUGAAUGCUCUGACUGUGGAAAGAGAUUUAGUACGAGUGGCAAUCUUCAAAAGCAUCAGAGAACCCACACAGGAGAGAAACCUUUUGGAUGCUCAGAGUGUGGAAAGAGAUUCAGUCAGAGUGGCAGUCUUCAAACGCAUCUGGCAGCUGUCAUCCCAGAGGUCCAGAUGAGGCAAAGGGAGCUGAUCAUGGGAUAUGCCUCAGAAGAAUGUAGGCAGACUACUGCUUUGAAUAAUCUGUACAUGAGAGAAAAUGCUCAAAUUGUGGAAAGAGAUUCCGUGGCAAGUAUGGUCUCACUUAUUACCUGUGGGCAAGACUACUUCCCAUUAUUGCCUAUGGGCAAGUAUGGAUUCUCCAUUAGCAAUCAUGUCGAAGAAGAAGAGAUGUGGGAACCAUUUGUGAAGAUGGAAGCUACAGUCCCUGAGGCGGAAGGAGCUUCCUUGGAGCAAGGGGAGAGGGCGCAGAUGGUGGAGCGUGCCCAAGAUGUCCUGUCCUGUGGUAAGGACUCGUUGUGCAUGGAAGCAGUUAAAGCAGCCUGUGAACGUGAUGGGAAAAGGCAGCGAAGAGAUGCUGUUGAGCCAUCAUCUGUUCAGAGGUGUGGAAACGGCUGCUCCCCCUCCAUUCCAGCAAAUUAUGAGCAGAGGAAUGAGGAGAGUGAACAAGUUCACCAGGAAAUGCCUGAUAAAGUUAAACAUGAAAACAUGAACGAAAGUGUCAGAAAUCAAAGAAGAAUAAAGAGAAAGAAAGGCAGCUCUUUGGUUGACAAGCAUGAUGGAAUACAGCAGAGUGCAGGAUGCUAUGCCUGGGAGCUGGGCAGUUGCUAUGUGGCCAAGGCCACGGAACAGGAGGAGAUGGCGGCCCAGAAACGGAUCAUAACCCUCCGAGAGAAUCCUCAGAUCUUAACCAAGUGA